GGGCCUGGAAGUCCUUUGGGAGCACUUAGUGUGCCCAGGACUGAGCUGUGCCCAUGCCCCCAGGGACAGCCAGAGCCUCCCUGCCCGGUCCCUGGCCCGUUGCUGGGGGCAGGUUCCAUGUCAAUGGUUACCUGGAUCCAUUUCUGGGGGUAGGUGUUGUGUCACAGGGGAGCCCUUUGUGACACCCCACUGCUGCCCCUGUGGUCAGUGUCCAGCUGGACAGGGAGAGAAGAGGAUAGUUUGGGAAUACAGAGCUGGCCAGGAGCCUCUACACACAAGCUCCAGAGUUUCCCUGCUUCUUCAGCAGCCCCGUGGUGCUGAGGUUUUUCCCAAACAAUUCUUAUUUCCCCUUUCUCCGCUACUUGACUUUUCUACCAAAUCAUGGAGAGGAGAGCCCCGAGGCAGCCCAGGGUGGCCUGGGAGGAGGACGGGGGUCCCCAGGAAAGCAGCUCCCCAGUGGAGCCCUACGAGGUGACAAUGGUGCAGCCCCUGCAGACGGGUGCUGCUGGGUUAGCUGUGUGUGAGGAGGAGCAGGAAGCCAUGGCAUUCAUCCAGGCCUUUGUCAGGCUCUCUUGCCCGAUGCAGGAUGACAAGCUGCAGUUCCUGGAGAGCAUCCGCAGCCUGUGCAGCAGUGCCACGAACCGUGGCUCGUUAGCAGGCCUGGAGUGCUUCUGCCGCAGACAUGAGCUGGCAGAGAAGGUCGAGGCGCUGCUGAGCGAGGAGCCCCAGAAGCAGAUGCGCACAGAGCUGCAGCUGCUUGCCAUGCUGGCCAUCACCCAACUGAGCUCUGUGCUGCCCGAGCUGCUGGACAACACACAGCUGAUCAGCUCCUGCUUUCAGAGUGUUCUUCUUCUUCCUCCAGAAGAGGAAAUGACGGGCCUGGAGGCUUCCCUCUACACUCAGACUGUGGAUGCCAUGGACAUCAUGCUGAAGGCUGUGGUGCUCAAAUCUGGCGAGGUGCUGCAGGACGUCUUGGAGGUGCUGCUCACCUUCACCAGCUCUGAGAGAGCCGUUGUGCGGGAGAGGGCCUUGCAGAGGAUUUGCAGCCUGAGCCAUUGGCUGGCCAGCUGUUCCACUCUGGAGGCUGGUCAAAAUGAGGAUAGAGAUGAUGCCUGUGCACAGAUCCAGAUCCCAGUCCUUGGCAAGGUGUUUGGACAUCUCAUCCUCAUGGCAUUUGAGGAAGAAAAGACCAACCAUGUGGCUCUGGAUGCUCUCUACGCCCUCCUCAAUUUCAUCUCUCAGCAGCAACGUGUGACACUGCCAGAGGAGAAUGCACAGCUCCAAGCCCACUGGGAAGAUGGGAUCAGCUCCUCACUUCAUUCUCCCAAUGCCAAGGACUUCAUCGAGGCUGUUGGAAAAUACCUGGGACCUUCUGAGAGGACACACACCAUCCUCUCAACCAUUACGAUGUUCCGCUACUCAUCUCCCUGCAAUCAUCAGGUGGCUCUCAGCAUGCUGGAGGUGAUUGGGAGAGAGCCUGACUGGUGGCUGACGGAUGUGCCAAAAAUCGUGAGCCACAUCUACCACACUGGGGUGGUCACGGACAUCCAAGUCCAGCACAGCCUGCACUGCCUGCUUCUCUUGGUGGCUGACAGGAGUCCUGGGCAGGUGGUCACAACACUGCUGCAGAUCGCCCCACGAGGAGAUAGGAAUGCCCUCAGUUUGUGGGAGGUGAUGUUCUCGGUGCCCCAGACGGUAGAGAAGGUCUUGAAGGAGCUUCGUGUCCAACUCCAGGACCUGAAGAAUGGCAUUUUCCGGACAUUGGCUGAAAACGACUGCCUCUCUUACUUGGCUCUGCUGGCCUCCGAAGAUGUGCAAGAGGAGGAAUUCGCUCCAUUGUACAAAACCUGCAGGUUUCUGCUGUAUUCAGCCAACAGCACAGACAGAGAGAUAACCUCCCUGCUGCUCAGGGCCCUCAUCACACUGUCCAACAGAGAGGACAGGGCAAGAAAAAUGAAGGUCCUGCUGCCAGACCUGAUGAACCUGUUGCGGCAGAACUGCCCGUCUCUGGUGAUGAUGGCCCUGAUGGUCCUCCAGAACAUGAUGAAGUGCUUGAAGAGGACCGAGGCCAGUUCCAUUGCUGCGGAUGUGGCGAGGAUACUCUGGUACCACUUUGAUGAGGAGGAAAGCUGGGUGCGGGAGAGCUGCAUCAGCUCCUUCAGAAACCUGGUGAGGACAGUGGUGGGGAAGGAGAAGAAGUGGAUGAAGAACUUCGUGCACACUGUCCUGGCCCCGCUCAUCCUUCGCAUGAACGACGAGGCCCCCAAAGUGGGCCAGAGCUCCUCAAGUGGAAGGAGAUGA